UCUCUGCCCGGUCCUGCUGCUUCCCGGAGGCGCUGGAGGUGUAGACUGUGGCCCAUGGGGCCCUCGGUGCUGCCCACCUGGCUGCAGCCCAGAUAUAGAAGGAUGUGUACCUCUUCAUCUAUACCUGGUCCAGCUCUGUGUCCCUGUGUUUACAGGUGUAGAAGGAUGUGUACCUCUUCAUCUAUACCUGGUCCAGCUCUGUGUCCCUGUGUUUACAGGUAUAGAAAAGAUGUGUACCUCUUCAUCUAUUACCUCGUCCAGUUCUGCGGCCACUCGUGGAUACUGACAAAUAUGACAGCCAGAUUCUUCUCAUUUGGAAAAGAUUCAAUGGUCGACACGUUUUAUGCCAUCGGGCUGGUUAUGCGGGUUUGCCAGUCCAUAUCCCUCCUGGAGCUGCUGCACAUUUAUAUUGGCAUCGAGUCAAACCAUCUCUUCCCAAGGUUUCUGCAGCUCACAGAGAGAGUGGUCAUCCUUUUUGGGGUGAUCACCAGUCAAGAGGAAAUCCAAGAGAAAUAUGUGGUGUGCAUUUUAUUCAUCUUCUGGAAUCUCCUGGACAUGGUAAGGUACACGUACAGCAUGCUGUCAGUCAUAGGAACAUCUUACACUAUCUUGACAUGGCUCAGUCAAACGCUGUGGAUGCCAAUUUACCCUCUGUGUGUUCUUGCCGAAGCAUUUACCAUCUAUCAGUCACUGCCUUAUUUUGAGUCGUUUGGCUCCAACUCCUCUGUGCUGCCAUUCGACAUAUCCACCUGUUUGCCUUACGUGCUGAAGCUGUAUCUCAUGAUGCUCUUCAUAGGAAUGUAUUUCACCUACAGCCAUCUUUACACAGAAAGAAAAGAUGUCCUCAAAGUCUUCUCUGUCAAACAGAAGAAAAUGUGAGGCUUCGUUCCUGCCCAUCACACAAGACAGAAGACGGGCUAUGGGUCACCCUGCAGCAGAUACAGC